AUGGAACUGGGAAAAUUCAUUCAAGGAGACGUUGAGUCGGAUGGACAGAAUGUAGUGUUGUACGUCAUCAAAGCGGACCAAACCUCAUACAUCAACUAUAUCAAACCACUGAUCCUCGCCGUAGAGCUCGGCGCUCCGCAUGUGCUGUCUAUCAUCGACACGAAGGAUGAGUGGUACUUCAGGAUACACCCGCAGAGGAUGGUGCCGGCCUUGAAAGACAAAGACCCUGUCACAGGCGAGGAAGUCAUCGUAUUCGAGUCUACCGCAUGUCUGCAGUACCUAUGCGAACGCUUCGAUGAGCAGGGUACUUGGGCGGGUAGGACAGCCGCAGAAAAAGGCAGUGUGCUCGCUUGGACUGCGUACCAAACCGCAGCACUUGGACAGAAUCCAGUGCAGUUACCAAGAACCAUUGAGCAGCUUCACAAGGAUACCCUCCGACAAUGGGAUAUCCUAGAAAAGCGACUUGCGGAACCUGGACAAAACUACAUCGCUCUCAAGGACCGCCCGACGAUUGCCGAUCUUUCGUACUUGCCCUUCUCGAUGCCGUAUAUGUUCAAGUUGUUUGAAGUCAACAUAGAAGACUGGCCUCACAUCGACAAAUGGUCACAGGACAUGCUCUCACGCCCAGCGGUUAGAUUGGUUUUGGACAGGGCACCGAAGAUCGGCCAUGACCUGUAG